AUGGUCACCCCCAUCUCGCUCGAAUACACUCUCGACAGAGCUUCAGACCUCUUUGAAAACAUCUCUGGUGUCCAACAGGACGUCGAUAUCGCAGCCGGCGACGGUCCCAAGCCACGACUGGUAGCUGUUUCCAAAUUAAAGCCGGCUUCUGAUAUCCAAGCUCUCUACGAUGUUGGCUUUCGUCAUUUCGGAGAGAAUUACAUCCAGGAAAUGGUAGACAAGUCGCAAGUACUGCCUUCUGAUAUAAAAUGGCACUUUAUCGGCGCCCUCCAAAGCAACAAAUCCAAGCUGGCUGCCUCUGUCGAGAACCUCUACAUUCUCGAGACAUUAUCCUCCCAUAAAGUGGCCGAUCUUCUCCAGAAAUCCAUCCCCCCUUCUCGCAAGAUGCCCCUCAACGUCUACCUUCAAGUCAAUACCUCUGGCGAAGAUGCCAAGUCUGGUCUGGCCCCCCUCCCUUCUUCCAAUCACGAGACUGUCGACCUCGCAGUCCACGUCAUCACCAAAUGUCCGAGCCUCAAGGUACUUGGCCUCAUGACUAUAGGCUCAUGGGAGGCGAGCCAUGACCCAAGUAAGCCGAACCCGGAUUUCGAGUGCUUGAAAGCGACCAGAAAGGAGCUUGCGAAGAUAUUGGCAGAGAAGGGCGUGGAAGGCGCACCGAGGGAGGAUGAAUUGGAGUUGAGUAUGGGCAUGAGUGCAGAUUUUGCCGUGGCUGUCAAGGAGGGAAGUAGUAGCGUCCGGGUGGGGACGAGGAUCUUUGGGGACAGGCCAAAGAAAAAUUAG